AUGUACAGAAAUCUGAUUCAGCAAUCGUAUACACCGCACGAGCUGCGCACUCCUGCUCAGCCGAACGCUGCCUCGGGCGGUAUGAAUCACUACACAACAAAGCCCAUACCUUCCGUAUCCACACCUCUGGAAGUGUACUGCGCUCCAUCAUCCACUUACGUACCCUAUCAAGUCACAAGUCCACAAGACACUACCGGGUCUACACAACAUCAUUCACCCGGUUACACCAUCGUCGAUAAAACACCAAUGGGUGAUGUCAAUGUAUACAUGCAAUCGCCGAACAACGGAAGCCAACAACUUGAAGCUAUUGCUGUCCGUACAACUACAACGACCAGAAAAACCACAAUACUCAGUCCAAUACCGAAAAGACCUUAUACGGUAGUGUAA